GCUUCUGACGCUGUCUUGUUGACAUGCAGCCACAUCAAAAGUGCCACGUUACAUCAAACGCACUGGUAACAGCGUUGCAACGUACAUAAAAGUAAUUAAUCAGAUUACUCGUUACUGGCAAAAGUAAAGGCGUUAGUAGCGCCGUUUUGUACUUACCGUUGUUUAUUAUGUACCCUAACGUUGUUUAUUAUGUACCUUAACGCUGUUUAUUAUGUAACGCCGUUUUUUUCCUAACACUGGUAGCACACAUCCCGAAUUAAACUCUCUUGUUGACAAAGACUAGUCAGAGGAUAGCCAUGCGGAUGCCAUUUUCGUACUUUGCUGUAAGUUCUUUCUUGAAUUCAAUAGUGUUUCUCACCUUCUUUGUCAAAGUGUGACUUUUUUUUGGGCAUCACGGUGGUUUAUUUAGCAGUUGUAUGUAUUAAAAAAAACAGAGGUCGCCAACACAUGGGAUUCUGCAGAAUGAUACGUGAGCAAAUGAACCAGUUUGUUCGAAGAAGAAUUUAGGUUAAUUAAAGACUUAUACAAUGCACAGUAAAAUUUGUGGGCAGUGAACAGGGCAUUGGGGCCGAAUAGCAUGCUUGUGUGGCUGACACUUGGGGUAAAGUUGGUGAAGUGUGUCGCCGAAAGACACAACAGCUGUGACUGUGGUGGAGGGGGCAGGAUUCGAACCAAGGACCCUCCGGUUGCGGGACAGCCUUCGCCUCACGUAACAUAUUUGGCCGUACGAUACUGUGGAGGGGGCGUGGCCUGCGGGCCUGCCGCGGAACGGGGUGUGCCAGAACCGGCCUCGAAGGCAGCAACAGGUGAGUAGAUGGCCCAGGUGGGCCUUGUUAUCUAAUCACCUGUCGCCUUUAUUAGCAGCAGCCGGAUGAGACACAUAGUUGGAGUUGGAGUGGGAGCCAGAGAGAGAGAGACACAAACUCAGAAAAAGACAUUUUGCUGGAAAGCAAAAGCCUUGCUAUUUAUGAAAAUAAAACAGUGUAUACCCUGGAUUCUGGGCUCUCCUGGCAGUGUGUGGUGGUCCGAAGAACCCACUAGAGGGCAACCUCUACAUAUACCGAGAUUCUGGCGUCGCUGCCAUGUGUCAGGUUCCCACGCCAGUCAUCCAUACUCUGAUCCAGGACGCCGCUCCUCGCUGCGUCCGCCUUUCCCUCACCAUCCCCUCACCGAGCCGGCUGGGCCGUCCCUCAGGUUGAAUCCCAAAUGCCUUGCUCACGAUUGAAAGACCCCUUCCUGCCACGGUAACCCUCAACAGGAUCAAAAUGACCUCCAGCAUCGAUCAGGAUGACAACAGCAUUUUUGGGUUAAUGGACGAAGAUGACAAGGACAAAGCAAAACGUGUGUCACGCAACAAGUCCGAGAAGAAGCGCCGAGAUCACUUCAACAUCCUCAUCAAUGAGCUGGGCACCAUGUUGCCAGGCAACACGCGCAAGAUGGACAAGUCCACUAUUUUGCAGGAGAGCAUCGACUUCCUGCAAAAACACAAAGAAGUCGCCGCCCAGUCCGAGUCGACGGAGAUCCGGCAGGAUUGGAAGCCUGCGUUUCUUAGCAACGAGGAGUUUACUCAGCUGAUGUUAGAGGCUUUAGACGGGUUCUUCCUGGCGAUCACGACGGACGGGAACAUCAUCUACGCCUCUGAGAGCGUCACGUCGCUGCUGGAGCACCUUCCUUCGGAUCUGGUGGAUCAGAACCUGUUGAACUUCCUUCCCCGGGGGGAACACUCAGACGUCUACAAGGUGCUGUCCUCUCAUGUCCAGGAGGCGGAGACACUGACUCCUGACUUUCUGAAGACAAAAAAACAGCUGGAGUUCUGUUGUCACAUGCUCAGAGGGACGAUGGACCCCAAAGAGUCACCCGUGUAUGAGUAUGUCAAAUUCAUUGGAAACUUCAAGUCCCUCAACAAUGUGCCCAAUUGCGCCCACAAUGGAUUCACAAAGAUCGUCAUUCAGCGAUCGCUCCACUCGGCCUUUACGGAGCAAAUGUGUCUCGUUGCAACUGUGAGACUUGCCAAACCCAAAUUCAUUAAGGAGAUGUGCACUGUAGAGGAGCCUGAUGAAGAAUUUACCUCUAGACACAGUUUAGAAUGGAAGUUCCUCUUUUUAGACCACAGAGCUCCGCCCAUUAUUGGCUACCUGCCGUUUGAGGUCCUGGGCACAUCAGGUUAUGACUACUACCAUGUGGACGACCUGGACACGUUGGCCAAAUGUCACGAGCACCUGAUGCAAUACGGCAAAGGAAAAUCCUGUUACUACCGAUUCCUCACUAAAGGGCAGCAGUGGAUUUGGCUCCAGACGCACUAUUACAUCACCUACCACCAGUGGAACUCCCGACCUGAGUUUAUUGUCUGCACGCACACUGUGGUCAGCUACGGCGACGUGAGAGCAGAACAGCGGCGACAGCUGGGACUCAAAGUGCUCACGCCUGAGAUGACGCCAGACAAGAAGUCGCAUGCCUGCGGCUCGGAGCCGCCACCGGACGCGUUCAACCUGAAGGAGGCGCUGGAGCACUUCCCCCACAGCCGGACGCCUUCGCCGUCGUCCCGCCGUUCGCGUGAAUCCUCUCACACGGCGAUGUCGGACCCGCGUAAGGGCCACGCCCGCACGCGAGGUGGGCUGAGCACGCCAUGUCGCCAGUCUGGGUCCGACGUGGCCGUGGCAUCGCGGAGAUCAUCAGCCGGCAGUCAGGUAGCCGUCCAGCUGGAAUCCAUGCAGCAGAUGAAGACGCAGCUGGAGCAGCGCACACAAGAGAUCGAGGCCAACAUCCAGCGGCAGCUCGAUGAGCUGUGGAGGAUCCAGCAGGAGCUGCAGAGGGUCCAGGAGCAGGGUUUGCAGGUGCUGGUGCAGAAAGCAGCCGCGGGACUGAACGCCAGUACGGCGCAGCAGGCGCCCACGCUCAGCAUGCUGGGCCCGGCGGUCUCUGCGGGGCCAAUGCAGAGCGCCAUCCAACAGCAGAACACGGCACAGCCUCCACAGGGUACGCUGCCGGCUUCUAGUCUCUACAACACCGUGGUGAUCCAGCAACAAAACCCGACAAACGUGCUGCAGAUUGCGCCCAACGCAGCGCCAAACGCUCCCGCUGUGUUCACGCAGGACGCCCAUAUUAGGUUUCCCAGCGCUCAGCAGCUGCUCACCAAGUUGGUCACGGGACACAUGGCGUGCGGCGCCGUCAUGGUCCCGUCCUCCAUGUUUAUGGGCCAAGUUGUGACCGCUUUCACUCCGCAACCGGGACAGACGCAGAGCAUCAGCAUUUCCCAUCAGCCACCAGCAGCACCUCAGCAGGAGCAGUCUCACCUGGUGCUCAAGGCUCCAAUGCUCCACGGAGGUCAGCCCACACAGCUCAUCAUGCCGGCGGCGUUCCCUUUGCAGCAGGCUGGAGCCUACACAAGCACGACCAGCAAUAACAACAACAACAACCAGCAUCAACCACGCUUAACACAACACAAACGGCAACAACAGCCCCCCAACACUAUGCCCGAUCAUGCCGCGUCGCAGCCGCAGUAGCAGCUUACAGCCACCAGAGGGCAGACCGGACACUGCACUAAAAGAGUCGCGUUUGGACUACUAAACGCCAGAAAAGGCUGCGAUGGCGCCCUCGUGUGGCAGGAAGAAGAUAACGGCGUUUGCGCUUGUUUACUUUUAACAGUUAUGCAAAAAUCAGCUUCAUCAUUGUUGAUUGUGGUCCAGAUUUACUGUACAUAAUAUCAUGUAAAUACACAUUGGAGCUACAACUACUAUUUUAUAUUGAGAGGAAUGCUCCUUUUCUAUCUAGUUUUGGAAGACGAAAAAAAAGACGUUUCUUUUUCACCGAUUGUCUGAAAGCGUAAAAGUUGAGUGAAUGACAGCAUUUCCACAUAUUUAUGCUCCUGCAAUAUUCAUCAAAUAAAUCAAUCAGUGUUCACAUCGUUCUGUUUCUCUAUUUAGUGAAGUCACCAAGUCCUUGGAAAUAAAAUAUAUCCAAAUUAAAAUAUAUAUUUAUACAUAUAUAGAACUCCAGUUGUACGUAGGUUUUGUUAUGUGGCAAACUUAUUAAAUACAUUAAACGAAAUGCAAUGAUAAAUGUCCAUUAAAUUGAUAUAAAUAUAUAUAUAUAUAUAUAUAAUGAAAUACUUUUUACAUUUAUUCAGUUGCCUUCAGUAUUUGUCUGGUCAAACUCACUGCCGCCCUCUGGUGUUCACAUAUGGUAAAGCUCUACAGUAUAUAAACAUCAACAAAGUACAAAAAUAUUUUGCAAGUGUUUUUAUA